CACAACGACUGAAGAGCCUCGAACUGCCAUCACUGACUCGACGGUCCAAAGUCAGAAAGGGCAUAGGACGUUACUGCAUUUAGUGGGCCAGACGGUUCAUCUCACCGACAACAAGACCCCGCGGCGCCACGAGCACGCGAACACGCGCCAUCAUGUCAGACCGGAGGUCCUGGGCCUCAUUUGCUCCUGGUGACUACGACUACCCCUCCGCCACCGCCAGCCCUGACGAAGCUGCCACCGCUCCCUCGAGAAUGGACAGGUUCCGUCGAGUUGUGCAGAGAAACAACGAACUGAGAAGAGAGUCUGAAGACGCCGAGCGCAAUGCGAGAUGGGCUCCUCCUCCCUCGCGUCUGAGACGUCGGCGCUAUAGAGAUCCCACCGAGCAGUCCCCUCCGCGCUUCACUCGCAACACGUCAGCCAUCGACCAGCCGUCCUCCGAUGUUGACGAAGCCAGACAGCGAAACGUCAAGAGAAGAAAACUGACCCACGAGUCAAACUACAAAUACGGUCACUUCGGUCAGGUCGAGUCUGGCAGGCUGAAGUUCGAACUCGAGAGCUGUGAUGGUGAAGUCCACAAUGAAGAGCGCAGCGACAUCGACUUUGGCCCUGAGAACAUCCUCAAGCACGAUAAGAGCGUCUACUGUUCUCGCGCCUCAAAGUGCAAUAUCGUCUUGCGCCAUCAUGACGAUUCGACCUUUUGUCUCGAGAAGUUGUACAUCAUUGCUCCCGAGAAUGGCUUCACAGCUCCGGUAAAGGAGGGUCUGGUCUAUGUCGGCAUGAGCCGAGACGACCUCCAGCCAUAUAUCAACAGCUCCACCCAACACUACGACUAUCUCAAUCCACCACGAAGUCCGCCGCCGCGCCGGACUCAUGAUCCUGUACGCCUCAGUCUGUUGGAAAGUAUCCAUGAUCCUGAAGUCGCGCGUGCUAUGGGUACGCGUAGAAGUGCUGGCUUCUUUUCGCCCAUCGACUCUCCCGCAGAUGAACAAUCUCAGGACGAUGACGAUGCUGACGACGCGUGGAACUCCAUGCCUGCAACCAGGGAUUCAUCGUGGCCUCCCAUGGAUCGAAAUCGACUCUUUGCCGGCAGGAAUGAUGUAGACGGCCGAAACUGUGAUGACCCUGCAGACCUGAGAGAGUCACCAGACGGCCGCAUCGUUGUUCUGAGCGACGAAGAAAUCAACUGGCCCGAAGAUCCCACUAGGCCAGAUGUACUUGCCGAUCGGAGGCGUAGAGAGCGAAACCUGCGUGAGUACGACGAUGAGGAUAUCUGGGAAUCAAGAUAUCGACCAAAUUAUGCUCGUAUGAGAAUACGACAGUCAAAUGCAGCCUUGGAGCGACCAGAAGCAGCUUGGUUGGGUCCAGAGCCGGAUCGCUACAAGAGCGAUACUGUAGCGAGGGCGCGGUUCAGAAUCAAGGACAAUAGACAUCGAAUAGCGAUCAAAUUUGAUCCUCCGGUAUCUGGAACGCAUAUUCUGCUCAAGCUGCAAACGCCCUACGUCAAUAAGAAUAUUGACGUGCAGACCGUCAUCGCAACUGGCUUCGCGGGUCCCAGGUAUUUCCCGGUCGUCCAAUUUAAAUGAUGGAUGGACAAUGUAUGAAUAGGAAUUCGGCUAUAUAUAUUCAUGGCAAGCCCAUGAAUGCCAUCAUCUACGACUAGAUGAGCCAAAGCCAGUGCUCUCGUACCUCGAUGACGACGGUACGGGCGAGCUUGAACCUGUGCUGCCUCCCCAGUUCCCGCUGUUGGAUCUGUUUGAAGCGCUGCGCGAGCUGCUUGCUCUGUUUCCUGCCAUAUAUGCUGCAGCCGCGCCAGCAGCAGCUCCUGCACCGGUGCCAGUCCAGAAACCAGGUCUCC